UAAACAAAUGAUUGAACGAGGAGAUUUUUCCCUUUCCUUCUUCUUUUUCAAUUUUGGAUUAUGCCCUCGUGUUUCUAGUAAUAUACCUGUGUUAUAUAUAUAUAGAAUUAAUAUUCUUUUACGCGCAACAGUUUAUUUUCCUCCACUGCCCACAAGGCAUUGAUUCUCUCCCUCUCUCUCUCUCCUCUGUGUAUUUUCGCCGCUAGCUCUGCUCUGGUUUUGAUUUUGAUUCCUUGUGUUCCCAAAACGAUUUAUUUAUUUUGUUUUUAAUAUAAAGGAAAAGAAAGAAAAGAAAUUGAUUUCCUUUUUUCCAUUUCCAUGGAUGCCUUCUCUUAGUAGCAGGUUUUGUGUAGCUGGUGUACACAUUUAACAUCCCAUAGUGAAUGAUUCAGAUUCACAUCUCUUUUCUUUUAUUCCAUCUCCUCUCAACAUCAACCUCAUAUUUUGCUCUAUAAAUACACAUUUCCCCUCCCUUACAUUCUCUUAUAUUUUCCGUCAUUCGAAAACUAUCUACCAAAUCACAGCAAAGUCUUCAAAAUUGUAGUGAAAAAGAUCCAUUGAACAACAAUGAGUUACUCUCAUCAAAGCAUGGGUUCUGGUAGUAGAAGUGCAAGGGGCUACGAGUUUGGAAGGACUUAUGUUGUCAGGCCUAAAGGAAAGCACCAAGCUACUAUUGUUUGGUUGCACGGUCUUGGAGACAAUGGCUCCAGCUCAUCUCAGCUCUUGGAGAGCCUGCCUCUUCCAAACAUAAAAUGGAUUUGUCCAACUGCUCCUUCCCGUCCUGUUUCGCUUCUGGGUGGAUUCCCCUGCACUGCCUGGUUUGACGUGGGUGAAAUUUCUGAGAAUCUUCAUGAUGAUGUCGAAGGCUUAGAUGCUUCAGCUGCACAUAUUGCUAACCUCUUGUCUGCCGAACCAAGAGAUGUCAAAGUUGGGAUUGGAGGUUUCAGUAUGGGUGCAGCGAUAGCUCUCUAUUCCACGACGUGCUGCGCUCUUGGACGUUAUGGAAACGGACAUCCUUAUACUAUAAACCUACGAGCUACAGUAGGACUUAGUGGUUGGCUUCCUGGUUGGAGGAGCUUGAGGAGCAAAAUAGAAAGUUCGAAUGAGGCUACAAGGCGUGCUGCAUCAAUACCAGUUAUACUUGCACAUGGAACUUCGGAUGAUGUAGUUCCUUACAUAUUUGGAGAAAAAUCAGCGCAUUCACUUGCCUUGGCUGGAUUCCGACAAGUUAUGUUCAAACCAUAUGAAGGGCUUGGUCACUACACGGUACCUAAAGAAAUGGAAGAGGUCGUUCACUGGCUCGCCUCAAGGCUUGGUCUCGAGGGCUCGCGUUAAACUCCAAAAGCAUCUAAGCAUCUAUAGCUAUUUAUACAUGGUGUAGAAUAUAUAUAUAAAUAAUAAUAUAAAUAUAAUGGGUGGGUUUCUUGAGGUAUACGGUAUUUCAUGUUUCUACUGUUUUGAUAUUAUUUUUUAUUUUGUGCUCUUUGAUUCUUGAUUAUGAAUAAAUAAAAAUAAAGGCCACUUAUGCAUUCUUCUAAAUAUACCAAGUUUCGU